AUGACCCGAUAUGCUAGUCCAAUCAAUCCAGCCGUGUUUCCUCAUCUGACGAUCGUGUUACUUUCUAUCGGAAUAUUCUUUAUGGCUUGGUUCUUUGUGUAUCCUUUGAUUUAUACCUGUCGCGUCUUAGUUCCUAUGAAAAAAAGCUUCGAUCAGCAUGAACAGUUUGGUCUAUAUGAUGCUGCCCGUCUGCAGUUUUUAGUGGAUUUUCAAGAUUUUAACUCUUUUUACAGAAAAUAAUCCCAGGUAUUCUGCAUUUAAGCCAAGUCCUAAAUUUCUUGACAGAUUGAGUCGCAUUUAAGGUUUUUACCGUUAAGGAAAAUAUUUUGUGUCCAACUCUGAUUGUUGUGUUCAUUGUGUCACGCAAUCUUAAACAAGAAUUAUUACACUUUCCUUCCAGUUAUUUUCAGUUAAUGGGGUAAAUGGGGUUGAUGCGAAUUUAGUUGUUUAGAGGAUCUGUGAUUUCAUGACAAUGAUGAUGAUAAUAAUAUAAUAAAAAUAAUAAUAGUAAUAAUGAUAAUAAUAAUAAUCUUCAUUCAAUACUAUACCUGGCAACUUUUUUAAAUUUAUAGGGGUGAUAUUUUUAGAUCUUUUUAUCCUGGGAGUGCCAGGAUUUUUCUUAGGAGUCAGAUAAUAUCUGAAGAUGUCUGAAAACGUUCCAAAGAGUUCCGUCUAACACAAAAACAGGAACAUGAAGAAACAGUGACUUUCCCUACUAAAAUAAGAGAAUCCGGAGAAAGUUGAUCAUUCACAUGGACUUGUCUUUACUCUCAUUGGUUCCAGUUUCUUUAAGUAAUUAACAUGUUUUUCAAAAUGUGUCAGUUGAUACUGUAAUGACUCAAACAUUUCUACCAGGCGCAAGAAAAUUAUUGGAAUACAGUCGUGAGUAGGCGUGAGAUCAAAGUUUUCGAUCUUCAUGUGUGACAGUCAUGCUAUAGGCAUGACACUUGGCAGGUAUGCAACACAGGUUCUCGACAGUUUGUUGGAGUCUUCCUUUUACAUCAGGUCACUGCCUGAGACCUUGGCUGUCUUAACCUUUUAAGCCCUGAGAUUCACAUACAAAUUCUCCAGACUUAUCUCCAUGCAUUUCUUUCAAGAACAGAAUUUGGUUUAAGAUCAAAGCAUUAUCCCUUUGGUAAUCAACUGAGUAACUCUCAUAACCUUUCCUCUUGAUGAUCUGCAGGUGCCAGUUGCCCAAAAGGUGGAUAGUGCAAUCCACUGGAUAAAUCACUAUCCACUGGAUAGCGCAAUUGGUUUCCCUAAUACUUAUCCGAUGGAUAGCGUUAUCCAUCUUUUGAACAACCAGGGCCUGAUGUUGUCAGGAGAAAAUUGAUGUUGGUCACUUUUGGGACCUAAAGGGUCAAGACUUUGUGAAGGAUUGUGGCAUUUCCCAGUAAGCAUGCUCUCUGUAAUAAUGUGUGGUUCCAGAAAAUAUCCAUACCCCCGCCCCUCACAGAAGAUCUUUGGAAAUUCCAAGGGGGAGAGGGGGUUCAACGGCAGCUAUUUCUGAGGGGUAAGGGGUUCAUGGGAAACAACUUUUCCAGAGGGUGACGAACCACGAACAAAACACUGAAAGUAACGCGCAAUCGAUCGUAAGCACAAAAACAUACGUACGUUGUUUUGAAACAAAAAUCACUACUCCUGGCCAUUGAGAUGAGGUUAACAUCAUUAGCUUUAAUGUUUCUGUUUUUCUUUGAGUUAGCUAGCGCUACAAUCUCCAGAAGAACGAUAUGGCGGACAUGACUGGAGUCAGAGUCUUGUCCCCAGACUUCCAGCUUUGUCUCGUUGUGCGACCAACAUUUUAGUGCUUUCAGUUCUGUUCACUGAGCAUCACUUUUCGCUACCUUUACAUGCAGGAAACGCAUUUUUGAUACGUUUCAUCUUUUAUCAGUGGUUGUUCGUGGUAGUAACUCAUAAAAAAAUGCGAUGAGAAAAGAGAACUUUCGUUCUCAUUUCUUGCUCGAUCUUCAGAAGGCCCGGGUACCUAGCAAGUAAAAUUUCUUCAGCCUGAUCAUGACGAUGUUCAUGAAAACUAGCGCGUUGGCAUGUGUUAGUGAAGGUUUUGGUCCUUAAAUAAGAAUCAACCUGAAGAAACUGUCUAAAUGUGUAGACAAAUAAACAGCCAGAAAGGAACCUUGUAAGUUUCUGGGGUUUUUUUGCUAUUGUUUUCUAAGUUGUUUAGGCGAGUGAAAGUAAAGUUCUCUUCAUAAUGUUCGCAUCGGAGUAAGCACAAAAACGUAAACAAUCUAUGUUUUAAACUUUACAACCCAAAUGUUUAAGCUUAUAAGCUUACAUGAAAACUAGACAGGUAGAAUUUGUAAAUUUGAUGGUGAAGUAGCUAAAAGUUUAGGUGAAUAAUAACCUUCACAAAGGUUUACAUUGUUGUAAUAAAAUUCAACCAUAUUUUCGUAAAUGAGUAAGUAUCCACAUUCUGUUUUUUUAAAGUACCAAAACCACUUUGACAUAAAGAAGUCCCUGAUUAAAAAUUCAGGAAAUUCCUGGGGGGAGGAGGGUCAUCUAAGACCCCCUUGGAACGGAAAAUCCUGGGUGGUGGGGGGUGCAAAUUAAAGAGUCUUCCCUGGGAGGGGUAUGGAUAUUUUCUGGAACCACACAAUUCUAAACAACAUGUGCUGCCAAUCUCUGCCAACUACUUUCUAUAAUUUAUUAUUAUUAUUAUUAUUAUUAUUGUUGUUGUUGUUGUUGUUGUUGUUGUUUUUGCAGAUCAAUUUAGGUUUCUGGCCACCUAACCCUCCCCUAAGCGAACAUUUUGCCCUAAGUAAGAAGUAAGUGUUAAUGUUAGCUUAGGGGAGGGGUUGGUGGGCAGUUUCCCAGAAAAUUAAUGUAAAUUGAAAUUGGGAAUGGUGCAUGCAUGAUGUAAUAACUUCCUUGACAUUUACCAAAGCUAUGAAGUCACCUCUACAAAGUACAACAGAGACAUCUACAAAGAACUGCUUGUAUCUUUAGUUGCUUCUCUUUUCAUGGGAUUUGGAGGGCUUUUCCUGUUACUUUGGGUCGGAAUUUAUGUUUGA